AUGACGCUGCUGGCGCAGGGGCGUGGCUGGGCUGCGCGUGCUGUGGCAGCUGUGCGGCCCAUGGUGCGGCACGAAUCGACUGAGGCUACGCAGGUAGCUGUGCGCAAGACGGCGCCGUCCGCGAUGCAGCGGGCGCUGCCGAUUCUCUUCACCAAGUGGGACCUGAAGGAGUUUCCGCGGCUACUUCAGUCGCGCGAUCGCGUGCUGGAUGGGCCGACACACCAUGUCAAACCUGAUGAGGUGAGCCCUUAUGGCGGUAGUGUGACACUGUACAACGACGAGCAACGCCACUUUGCGACGCCCCCGCCGGCGAUCCAGACGAUGAUGCAAGCGGGCGGCGGCGGCGGCGAAGAAGUCAACUCGGAAAGCUACCUGAGUUCCGUCACACCGCUGAGUGCGAGCGAAGUGCAGGCGCUGCACCGCUACAACAUCCAGCUAAAGCGCGUCGUGAACAUGACCGGCAAGGGCCGAGUGGCCAGCUGGUACGCCCUUGUCGUGGCGGGCAAUGGCCGCGGGCUUGUGGGCUACGGCGAAGGCAAAGACGCUAAUGCAGGGCGUGCGAACAAAAAAGCGUUUCAUGCCGCGGUGAAAAACAUGGACCUCGUCUCGGUGCACCGCUCCAAAAGCGGCGCGAAUACCGUCGAGACGCCCGUCGAGGGGCGCUGGGGCGCUACGCGCGUUGCGAUUCGGCCGCGUCCGGCCGGCUUUGGCUUGCGUGUGCCGAACGUGAUCCACCCGAUCGCGCGCGCCGCCGGCUUCACGGACCUCGGCGCCGCCGUGUAUGGCUCAUCGAAUGCCAUGAAUGUCGUCAAAGCCACAUUGCAGGUACUGUGGGGCGGAAGCGCUCCGAUUGGCAUGGGUGGCGGCGUACGCGGCCCCAUGCGUCGCGAUAACCGCGGGCAGGGCGCGCGCUCGCGCCGCGAUAUGGAGCUGAGCCGUGGCCGGCGCCUCGAGGAACUGGAUGUGUAG